CCUCUGCGACUCUACGGCAGAGCAACAAGUCGCAACCGGUCCGCUGGAUUUCCCGUUGCUUGAGACACGAUUGAGCCAUAAAGGAGCAAAUUACUUUCGGAUUUCCUGCUGUUUAUAUGCGAUAAUCAUAUCUGACUAUCCACAUUGACAUUGAUGGAGAAGUAUAUCAGCUGUAUUUGUUAUGAAAUGACGGACUGGAGUUCUCUUUGAAGAUGGCAUUUGGUUGGCGAGCUAUGUUUAGCGUCUGAUCUCAGAGAUCUGUGUGUGUGUGGCGAGAUCAUAAUGACGGGGCUCGUCGAUCAGGGUGAUGACAUGGGCUUGGUGACCCCAAUCGAGCUGACUGACCCUCAGAAAGAGGAUGACCCCCAAUGCCCCGCCCACUUCAGGCAGAGUCUCAUGCUUCAACUCAUUGACGAUUUAUCAUAUGAAGACGUUAAGAAAUGCUACAGGGGUUCAACUGUCAGCAAAUACAACUCGCAAUACCACAAACUCUUCUCAGCCGUCCCAAAGGAGGAGAUACUGAUGAAGGUGUAUUCUUGUGCUCUUCUACGGGACAUUUUGCUGCAAGGAAGACUUUACAUCUCUCGAAACUGGCUGUGUUUCUACGCCAACCUGUUCGGCAAAGACAUCAAGGUUGCGAUCCCAGUGGUCUCCGUGCGACUGGUGAAAAAACACAAAACAGCCGGACUGGUUCCGAAUGGACUCGCCAUCACUACCGACACCAGCCAGAAGUAUGUGUUUGUAUCUCUGCUGUCACGUGACAGUGUGUAUGACGUGCUGAGAAGAAUCUGCACACACUUGGAGGUGAACGGAAAAAAGAGUUUAAGUCUAAAGGAGUACCUGGAGGAACCGGGUUCUCUCUCUACGGAUGAGUUUCCAGUGGCCACAGAUUUCACGCCCGUAUUGAAAUGGCGCCGGAAACCAUCAGCGCCCUCCGUCUCAUCACUGCCGGACCUGUUGGGUAACUCGACGAGCAGUUUGAGCGCAGGAGACGCUCCGUACAUGGCAGAGACGCCACUGGAGGAGAGACGUUUGGAGGUGGAGAAGAUCCUGCUGACAGAACCGGAAGCAGAACUGGGUCAAAUGGAGUAUCAUCUCCUGAAGUUCUUCAUACUGCUAAUUAUUUUGCUCAUCAUCUCAUCGUGUUAUCUGGCGUUUCGGGUGUGCAGUCUCGAACAACAGCUGUCCUUCCUCAACGCACAACCUGCGAUGUCUAUGAGAGAAAGGUAACCCUGGUUUAAAACUGUGCCAACACUGCAAGCGGCAUUGCCAUCCAGGAGAGCCACGUGUCUAGAUGAUAAAACCAGCUCAAUUACGGGCUCGUGGUAGUGAUGUAGUAUUUAGCUUCCACCAGCAGACGGUGAGCGGCACUUCCUGCAGUGCUGCAACAUCUGGAAAACUGACCGUCAAUGUAGAUAAAACUAUAAAGAUUCCCAACUGGAGGAAUGUUAGCCAUAGUUGCCUGGCUUCACCUAACACACCUGCAUCUAGGAUAUAUCCAGGAUACGGGAAAACAUCGGACAGAGUUGGUCUGGAUUAUGGUUGCGACUGUUUCAUGUUACAUUCAGGGUGCUGAAACUCAUUGGAAAAUGUUCUCAAGAGAUGGCAGGAUAUGUUUAAACUCAAUUUCUGUCUUUGUUGAUUGUUGUUUUUGUGUAGAGUGAACAUCUCUCCUAACCAACCCGAAAUGUGCAUAUUUACCAGUGCAAAAAAAUCGCUUUCUUCAUUUCUUCUUGUUUUUUCCCCCCAAUAAAAUAUGUACAAAUCCUUAAAACAAGAUACAUUUACUUGAGAACACAAAAAGACUUGGAAAAAGUCUCACAAUCUUACACAACUUUGCUUUUCAAGUAAAUGUAUCUUAUUUUAAGGCUGUUUAAAUAUUUUACUGGGGGAAAAAAAGACAAAAUACUGAUAAAAAAAAUGUUUUUUGCAAUGUGUAACAGAAGAGAAGUUCUUGGUUUUCUGACUCGGUAGAUAAUAAACGAGAAAGACAAUGU